ACACCUUUCCCUCCGUGGUCCUCCAGCGUUUCUUACCUUCUUGUCGCCGCUUUGAGCCUCGUUGUCUGGCUGUGAACUCUCACCCCAGCUGCUUGGGAAAUGUCAUACAGGCAGAGGCCCGUGCUGCAGUAGGGGGGCGUAAUAGGAGGAAAAAAUAACAUUUUCACUGCUCUCACUGCAUCUUUUUUUAUUCGCGUCUCUGAGGUGCAAGUGCCACAUCCCCGCUACCAACACCACCACCAGCAGCAGCUGCAGCCGCCGAUAACUAACCGCAGUCUCAAUGCUCACCUCGCAUUAGGACUGAUAUUUAAAAAAAAAGAAAAGAACAGAAAAAAAAUCCGUGCCAGACAUGUAGCCGUGGAUUUCGUGUGGAGGCAAAACCAGCCUGGUGUUUCCAGUCAGAUGCGGAGGCCCAGGGGGAAGAACAUUAAUCUUCUUUGGAAGAUGUCAAUCCAGCAGACUAACUGGCUUGUGAUGCUGAUGCCCAGCAGACGAUCCUGGGACUGAGACGCGGAUCCCUUUACACUGAUGGCCUGGACUGAGUUUCAGCUGGCCUGCUGAAGCUAUGGGGAGCUGUUGGAGCUGUCUAUACAGAGACCCCAUCCGAGACAACCAUCUCACCAAAUUUAAGGUCACCAAUGUAGACGAUGAGGGCAAUGAGCUGGGCUCUGGGAUCAUGGAGCUCACCCAAACUGAGCUCAUUCUUCACACACGUAAGAGGGACGCCAUCCGGUGGCCAUAUCUCUGCCUGCGACGCUACGGCUAUGACUCCAAUCUGUUUUCUUUUGAGAGUGGCCGCCGCUGUCAGACCGGGCAGGGAAUCUUUGCAUUCAAGUGUUCUCGGGCAGAAGAGAUCUUCAAUCUGCUCCAGGAGCUGAUGCAGUGCAACAGCAUCAACGUGGUGGAAGAGUCGAUGAUGAUGAGUCGCAGCGGUCACACACCAGAGAUGGAGAUGUCUCGCACACCACAGACACCCAACACUCCAGCAUUUCCUGUCCAGGCUUUUCCCAAUGGAUACCCUGGUUAUCCUAUCAGAGGAGAUUCCUCUCAACCAUCGAUUGCUGAUGAUCAUGGACAUAGCCUCAUGGGUUUGGAAGACCAGACCCACACCUAUGUAAAUACUGUGAGCAUGGAGGGGGAUCUUUCCAUGCGUCAUUGUGUGCACUCUCUACCUGAGGUACGGCCUAGCACUUUUCCUGAAACAACACGGGGAGCCAUGCCUGUAGGGGGCCAAGGAAAUCCGCAGUCCAACCUGCGGUGCUGUCCCCUCGAGGAGCAUAAAGAUCCUCAGGUGUUCCUACAGGCGUCCUCGCAGGAGGUCAAAUUCAUGCUGGGUCCCACUCCAGCGCAACGGCAUCUGCUGGAGAGAGAGAGGGAGAGGCACGGGCACAAUCCUCACAACCUUCAGCCAGUAGAGGGCGCAGCAAGCUCAGAGACGGAAGGAGACGAGCCCUCUAUGCACCUGUGCAACUCUCACUCCUAUCACCAUUUCCAUCAUCACACGCACCGGCACCCGGGCCACGAGCACCAGGAGGGCUGCCAGAGUGGCGAGCUCACCUACGAGAAUAUCAACGGCCUGCGAAGCGGCCGUAAGCAGCGUCUGAGUCCCAGCAGCGUGUCGCAAUCCGUAGGUUCAAGCAGCAGUAGCAGCACCGGGGACAGUCAUUCUCACUCCCUCUUACACGGUCACGGGCCGACAUCUCUACCCCCGCAGGGGUACCCCUGUGAGAGGGGCAUGGGUGGAGCUCAUCGUCGGACAGCUCUGCUUAACUACGAGAACUUACCCUCUCUGCCGCCGGUGUGGGAGUACAGCGCUCUGCAGCGGGAUGAUGAGCAGGAAGAGGAAGAUGAUGACCAGGAUGAUGAGGAAUAUGAAGAAGAAGAAGAAGAUUUUGAUGAGUACGAAUUCUCAGAAGGCCCCGGGACCCCCAACGGUUACCAUCAAGACGGCCGGGGCAUCCACAGAGACGCCCUGCAGAACUAUGUCAACACAGAGCAGGUCCAGCCUCCCCGGCUUCGACACGCCUGCCCCCCGCAUCCACAGCCGUGUCACUCAGACAGAGGGGGGCGAAUAUUUAGCUUUGAUUUCCGCAGACGAUCGAGGUCAGGGGUUGGAGGCUGUGAGCACAGCCACAUGCCUCCUUCGCGGCAGCUGAAUUACAUCCAGGUGGACCUGGAGGGAGAACCUCCCUGCCAAGCCCUCAGCAGCGGGGGUGCCCAGACCCAGCCACAGCACCAGCGCCUACCACCCAAAAAAUGUGGUCCGCAGGCACCCCGGCGCAGCGAAUGCUACGCAGUCAUUGACCUAAAGAAGACCGCUGCCAUGUCCAACCUGCAGAAAGCUCUGCCCAGGGAUGAUGGGACUUCCAGAAAGACUCGCCACAACAGCACAGACCUGCCUCUGUAAAUGGUGUUCAAACUGAAGAGGAGCGAUGAAGACAGAUGAAGGCUUAUCCUCAUCUUAGCACACUGGACCCUUCACUGUCAUCCAUCCAUUCAACUGUCGGGCUGAUCAGUACAGUACAGGUGACGCUGAGCUUCGCAAGCUUCUGAUUUCCCAUCAGCUGCAGCUUCUGUUGGUGUAGCUGACACAUUUUACAUCUUGGUUUUUUUGUUUGUUUGUUUUUUGGGGGAUUUUUUUGUAUAUGAACGAAUGUGUUGGGUUUAAAGAAUACAGUGGGAACAGGAAGAAAAGGCCAGCAGUUAUACAUUAGAUUGUCUUCAUCAGUGCUUUCAAUCACCAUCAUCAUAAAAAUGACAUAUUGUAAAACCUCAACUUCCUGUUCAUGCUACAAGAUCUUUGUCAAAAUACUGAAAAGCAUCAGAAAACUGUAAUAUCAUAUUAUUAUUAUUAUUAUUAUUAUUAUUAUUAUUAUUAUUAUUGUGUAUUUUUUUUAAAAAUCUGGUUUGUUUUUGUCCGGGUGUAAUUGCCACCAGGGGGUGAUGUACAUGUACGGGUCUGAGCUGUACAUUUUUGUGACUGAUUUGUGUAUUUACAUACAGUUUGGGCUAACUUUGUGACUAUUAUAUGAAUUUAUGAAUUAAAUGAGUGCCAAAUAUGCUUGAGCAUGACAAAAUCCGGGACCUGCAAGGAGCUGCAGGCACUCUGACUCAUCAGAGCGAUGCCCGAGUGACUCACUGCUGUUGUAGACUCUCCUUGAGUUUUGAACGCACAGCUGAAGGUUUAAUCAUGCUUAAUAUUUUUGAUGAAAGUGCAGGGGGGACUUCUUUAUGUUUUGGUCUCAGUUUGAAAAAGUUUCUUCAGAUAUUUGUUGUAUGUUUCUGUGUCCACCCAUGGCUUAUUAAUGAGUAUGCAGUGAUGGUCUUAUCAUGCUGCCAUUAGAGGUGACUAUAAAAGCUUCAUUUGUUGAACUGUCAAAAAAGGAAAAAAAAAAAAAAAGAAAAAGGUCAUUUGGGUCAUUUUCAUUCUUAAAUCAUUCCACACAGAUGCGUUGUAUGUUAUCUGAACUCCUCUUCAUCCCCAAAAUAAGGUGAGCCUGACAUCUGGUGAAUUUUACCCUGAAUUUUAUCAAAUAUAGAGUGUGGAUUUGUCCAAAAUGUAAAAGUAAAUGUAAUUCUAAUAUUAAAAUGAAGCUAUGGAAAAAAAAAAAAAAUCCAUUGUGCACUAAAUGGUGUCGGUUUUUCAAAAACUAACAAAGCUUUUUCCCCUCCAGGAUCACGUGCCUCGUCGUUCUAACGUUAUGGCAUUUACUGGAUAUAUUUUUACAAUAAGAGUUUAAGAUUUAGAGAAAAGAAAAGGGGGGAAAAAAAUCUGAUUAACGUCAUAAGAAACCUGAUAACUUUAAGAAGAGAAAAGCUUUGUUCCACAAGCAUGUGAAACUGUCCUUAUAAAAUGCCUGUAAUACAAUACCCCAAGUGUUGCACUGAAGAUCAUUCAUCCUCAGGCGCAGCAGCUAAGAGGUGAGCUGACAGGAAUGCCUUUACUCUACGGAGAUGAGUGACGUUAAAUGUAUGAAGGCCAUUGGAAGCAGAAUGAGUAGCUCAAUGUCCUGCACAAGAGGAGUUAUUUACUCUUCAAAUUGUGGUUUACCAACAAUUAAAUAGUGAUUUUUAUUCCAGAUUUUUUUUUUGCAUCUUUUAAGCACGUCUCCCUGUGUGAUGGUAAUUAUAUGUACAGAGAAUGUGGUUCAUGUGGGCUUUAGAUUUACACCAAAAUGUAAAUAUAUUCCUUAAAUGGGAGAAGCCUUGUGUUCAUAUGACUGUCUGGAUAUUCUAUCAAAAAGUAAAUAAACAAAGCACCACUUUACUGGGCGGCUCGGUGGCUUUAGCUAAAGUGAUUAAUAAGAGAACACCAGUAGAUGUACAAUGGCCUUUCACUGUGUCUUGAAACUUGUGCUGCUGUUUGUCGCUUGGGUGUCUGAUUUCUAUGUGAGCAUAGAACCUGAAAUACCAGAAAUAUGAUUGGCUGUCUGUGAUUUCACUAGAAACACUUGAGCUUGUCAUUGUGCAGCAACCAGAGGGAUUAUUUAACAUGCAUUCAAACCUGCAAGCAGCAACUGCACGCUUAAAGGUUGAAGACAUACAAAGUUUGGUGGAUUUAUACAUGAGUUACUGCAUACCAGCCAUACACACACACCUCACAGUGUGCACCUGUCUUCCAUUGUAUGAAAAUAGCAGUCACAAUCCCACACUCAAAUCCCAAAAUGUCCUAAAUGCACAGCUCUGGUGCCCAUUUACUAUUUGGCAUUUUAA